AUGUCACCUCCUCAAACGGAGAAGGAAAUUCGAGGGUUUUUAGGAAGGAUCCAAUACAUUAGUCGGUUCAUUUCUCAACUAACAACCAUAUGUGAGCCGAUUUUCAAAUUACUGAAAAAGGAUCAACCUAAGAGGUGGAAUCCUCAGUGCCAAUUGGCUUUUGAUCGCAUCAAGAGCUACCUGGUAGACCCACCAAUCCUCAUUCCCCCUACUCCCAGAAGGCCAUUGUUGUUGUAUCUCUCUGUAGUAGACACCUCCAUGGGAUCCAUGGUGGCUCAGCAAGGUCCAGAUGGGCAUACAGAGCAAGUAAUUUAUUACCUUAGUAAGAAGUUCACAGACUAUGAGACAAGGUACACAACCCUGAAGAAGACUUGUGCAGCUUUGGUUUGGGCAACAAGGAGGUUGAGACAUUACAUGUUGACCUAUUCAGUCUUUUUGGUAUCCAGAAUGGAUCCCAUCAAGUAUCUUUUUGAGAAACCCGCGUUGACGGGCAAAUUAGCACAUUGGUUAUUGCUCUUAGCGGAGUUUAACAUUGUGUAUGUCACCCAAAAGUCCAUCAAGGGUAGUGUCAUCAUUGAACACCUAUCCGCACAUCCAGUUGUUGAUACAAGGCCUUUGAAUGACAUAUUUCCAGAUGAAGAUGUAGUUUCUGUUGAGGUUGAAGAUGAGGUUGGCAUUUGGCAAAUGUUCUUUGAUGGAGCCACCAAUCACAAAGGAUGCGGAGCCGGAGUUCUACUUAUAACUCCUGAAGGGUUGAACAUGCCCAUGGCAUAUAGGUUGGACUUUGAGUGCACCAACAAUAUGGUCGAGUAUGAAGCUUGCCUCAUGGGAUUGAAAGCAGCCAUCUCUAUUGGGGUCAAAAGAUUGGAAGAUACGGAGAUUGGUCGAUUGUCAUAUGCCAAGUCCAAGAGGGACAAUAAUAGGUUUGCCGAUGCUUUGGCUACUCUCGCAUCGAUGGUUGAUUUUGGUCCUAGUGAGCAAAUACAACCAUUCAUUAUAGAUCGGAGAGAUCAUCCUUCACAUCAAGGCUUCGUCAAUGCCCUGACAGUAGAUGGUAGGCCUUGGUUUGCUCAUAUUAUGGAUUUUAUCAGAGAGGGGAAGUACCCUGCAGAUGCUACCCAAGGAGAUAAAAGGUUCCUGAGGCGUUAUGCCACCCAAUUCAUAUUACACGAAGAUAUUUUAUAG